AUGCACUCGAACCCUUCCCAACAGCAGUCCUCUAAGACGGCUAAAAACGGUCACCGGCAAGCGCCAGGCAAUGCCAUGCAGGAGAAGCCGGCGCCCUCUCCGAGCACCCUAACGUCUCUGGAAGCCUCUCCCCCGCCCGCCCAGCGCAACGCAACCGGAGGCCGCAUCUCUCCCAUUCUCGAAGGAAGCCCCUCCUUCGCGGACGUCACUGCUGGCCGCCGCAGCACCUCGCCGCCCCUGAACAAUGGUAGGCUGCUGGCCCCGAGACUCGUCCCGUCUCCAUGCGACGAUGACGUCCCUUCUCUAGACAUUGGGCCGCCCGCGAUCAUUGCAUCCUCAAACCAGUCGUCUCUCAUCCAAGAUACCGCUCCGGCGAACAUAACGCUGAGGCCCGCUCCCGCCCCGCAGCCGCAGGCGGCCACAAACGGUCCUCGCAAGUCGUCUGGCGCCGCGCGCGACGAAGAAACCGGAUGGGUUGAAGUAAGGCGCAACGGCCGCAAGCGAGUCGUCGCUCGUCAGGACGCGACUAACGCGACUCUGGGCCUAGGAGCUCCGCCCGGGCCUCCCACCCCAUCUCCCGCGCCGAGAGCCUACAGCGACUCCGCCCGCGGACGAAGCGACCACAGGAAGAGAAGGCGCCUCUCCACGGAGGAAAUUGCAGACGGAGGAGAGACCUCGCAGCCCCAGCCGUCGCUCCGCCUACAGCCCUCCCCGGGCCCGCCUUUCGCGAGGACGAUCCUUCCAGAGCAGGAGACGUCGUACGACGCCCAUCGCCCACCUGCUGUCCCUCCGCACCCUCGCAACUCAUCACAGUCGACGAUAUUGGAGCCCCAACCGGUACCUGCCCACAGCUCCCAACGUCCGUUGCCGCCGACGUGUCACCCAUCGGCCGCCAUAGACAUCACUGAGGACAGCUGGCGCCAGGUACCCUCUGACACAGACCUCUUCUGGGAUCCCAGAAUACGGCGACUCACUGAAGAGCUUGGUCCCCAGCAACCAGCGCCCUCCGACGUUGGGAGCUAUGCAGACGCGGACAUGGACGAAAUUAUCCGCAGCAUCCGUCUACCACCCCCGGAAGAAACUACCUUCUUCAAUCCACCUGCCGUCGUAAUGGCAAACAUGAUGAGUGGCGGACCAUUACCGCGGCCGGCGUACAACCUUGGCAACCGCAACGAAGGCUCCUCAUCGCUCCCAAUCAGACAGACAGAACCCCUCGCAACUGCCCCUGUCUCGAUCAACGCCGACUCCAGCGCCUUCACGGCCCACUGGGCAAACGGCACAUGGCCUCGUGAGCCCAAUGCACGCGAACCAACCGCUCGCGAGCCCGUUGCUCAUCAUGAACGAGUACAUCCUCCGUCUACGGUCGUUCCCCAGAGCCAGCCAGAACGCGCUAGAUCUUCUCUGCCUCGCGAGCCGUACAGAGCCCACAAUGCUACGCCACGCCCGCAACCCGCGCAAGCGGGAAGCUCGAGCGCUCAACCAAGGACGCCGACCAACGGCUCGGGACACGAGUGGCCUGCCAGUGGCCCCUCGCGUGAGAGAUCAGCGAAUGGCCCUCCACAAGACCGAGCGCAGUCGAGGGCCUCUGUCCUGUCGUACGUAACCAUCCAGCCAGAGCGAAACCAACGUCAGGCGCCGCCAAACGACCACGACGCGAUGGAGGUCGACGACGAACAGGAUUUCGUAAACGCCCCCGCCCCACUGUUCCAUCGCCCGCAACGUGCGCCGCGCGACCAGCCCCCGCCUCCCCACGCCCAACCACAACAACUCAGAGGCAACGCCGCAGAGCACCUCCCGCUACUGGAAGACCAGUUGGAGGACAUGAACUCCCACACUAACAGCGGGAUCGACUGGCUUAGCGAGGACAUCACGCAGCCGCCGCCUCAGAGCUGGCGACCGAUCCAGUUCCACUCGGUGCGAGACGUCUUUAUCGGCCAGGAUGAGCAGCAGGCCCUCCUCUGGAGGCAGAUUGCUUUGCAACGUCCGUGCGUCCUCCUGCAGAUCGGCGGCCAUGGCGCAUGCGAAGACGACGACUCCUCGUCAUGGCAGCGCUACGAACUGCUCAAAGAAAUUCUGUGGGUCCUCCUCGGCGUUGAUCGCAAGCAACUUCUGGCGCCUCAGCGCGCACGGGGAGUCAGGCCGAGUAUGAAUGAAGGCCCGUUCUACAUCAUGGUCACGAACGUCACGGAAUUCCAGGAGGCUGAGAUGAUUCGGUGGUACUGGCUGUCAACGAGGUGGCUCUCCGUGAACUUCAUCCCCUUCCCGACGCCUCUACCCACCUAUCUCGCCACUUGGGAGAGCUCGACGGCUUUCGUCUCGACACGCCUGGAAGACGCGGUGAGCAUGUUUGCCAGAGGCUUUCGACGCUCGCCCCUCUUCGCGUGCACCCUCCGCACGAUCCGUCGCGACAAGGACCGAGGCGCGGCAGGCAUAUGGGGAGAUACGCCGGUAGUCGACGCCUUCAACCUCCUGAUCGACUCGAUCCACGUUCGAGUCCUACCUCGUAUGAAAGGCAACGGAGACCCCUCCCCUCUCUUCGUCCUCUACUGCGAGCCGCCGACUAACCACGUCGAAGACUGGGAGAUCUUUCGCGACACGGUCCGCGGGCACUCUUUUGGCGUCGCAGGUGGGCGCUCGCCAGACCUCGUAUUAGAAACCCAUGUCUGCAGCAUCUGCCACUCCAUCGACCACACUGUCGGCUUCUGCGACCUCCCCGACAUCAGAGGGUGGAAUGGCCCUCAAAGAGAGCUAUACUCCUCAACGCCGGCGAACCCGCAGCGCGAAAACCAUGGAAGGAAGCGGGGCGGUAAGGCGAACCGAGGACGCGGUAACGAGAACGGUCGCGGCCGCGGAAGUGAUAACGGACGAGGUCGCGGUACUGGAUACGGGCGUGGCCGUGGCGGCCGUGGAGGCCCCAGUGCAAACAGAUCUUACGCUGGGCCGUCUCUCGACCAGGCAUCAAAGAACGCCCUCCUCCGCGGCGGAAACCCUGACCCCUGGUAG